CAAAAACGUCACUACGCCGGAAGUGUUGGACAGAUUAAAAUCCUCUUGUGUGACAGCAGCGGUUCGGUACAUUGUAUUUUUUUUUUUGUCUUUCUGUAGGGAUGGAGGUGACACGAACAAAUUUCAAAGACAGUUUAAGCACUGUGUACAGCGCAAUAGAGGAAGCAGACUUUCUCGCAAUCGAUGGGGAAUUUUCAGGUAUUAGCGAUGGGCCCAACGUCAGCGCACUGACUAACGGGUUGGACACGCCAGAGGAGCGCUACAUGAAGCUAAAAAAGCAUUCCAUGGACUUCUUGCUGUUUCAGUUUGGACUGUGUACGUUCACAUAUGACCAGGCAGAGUCCAAGUACGUCAUCAAGACUUUUAAUUUUUAUAUAUUCCCAAAGCCGUUCAACAGAACCUCCCCAGACACCAAGUUCAUCUGCCAGAGUUCCAGCAUAGACUUCCUGGCCAGUCAGGGUUUUGACUUCAACAAAGUGUUCCGUCACGGGAUCCCGUACCUGAACCAGGAAGAGGAAGUGCAGCUGCGGGAGCAGUAUGAGGAGAGGCGGAGUCAGAGUAACGGAUCAGGAAACCCCUCCUACAUCUCCCCCAACCCAAACAAAGGCCCUGGCAGCGUCCCCGAGGAGCACAGGGAGUACAUCGGACGGGUGGUAGAGAAGGUGGAAUCUCUGUUCACUACCUCAGAAGAUGUGGACCUGGAGCCCUGCACUGGGUUUCAGAGGAAGCUGAUCUACCAGACUCUCAACUCCAAGUUCCCAAAGGGCCUUCAUGUGGAGACCUUGGAGACAGAGAAGAAAGAGCGGUACAUCCAGAUCAGCAAGGUGGACGACGAGGAGAGGAAGAGGAGGGAGCGGCAGAAACAGGAGAGAGAACAGGAGGAGCUGAAUGACGCUGUGGGAUUCUCCAGGGUCAUACACGCCAUCUCCAAAUCUGGAAAGUUGGUGGUUGGCCACAACAUGCUGCUGGACGUCAUGCACACCAUCCAUCAGUUCUACUGCGUACUGCCAGAGGACCUGAAUGACUUUAAAGAAGUCACUCAGUGUGUCUUCCCCAGGCUGUUGGACACCAAGCUCAUGGCCACUACGCAACCGUUCAAGGAGUUGAUCAACAUCACGUCUCUAGCAGAGCUGCAGAAACAGCUGAAAGAGAGCCCCUUCAAAUCUCCUAAAGUUGUGACGGCGGAGGGGUUCCCCAGCUACGAUACAGCCCAGGAACAGCUCCACGAGGCGGGCUACGAUGCCUUCAUCACUGGUCUCUGCUUCAUCUCCAUGGCCAACUACCUAGGUACUUUCCUGACUCCCCCCAGAGCCCACAUCCCAUCCCAAUCGAAACUCAUCCAACCCUUCGUCAACAAACUGUUCCUGAUGAGGAUCAUAGAUAUUCCCUACCUCAACAUCAGCGGACCAGACCUCCAGCCCAAGAGGGAUCAUGUUCUGUACGUCACCUCCUGGAAGACCAGUGACCUCUACCAGCUGUUCAGUGCCUUUGGCCACAUCCAGGUGACCGCCUGGGCCAUUGAUGACACGUCAGCGUUUGUAUCUCUGAGUCCACGGCCAGGUACAGAUGGAAACAACUGA